AUGGGCUUCUCAAGCACAGGGACAGCCGAGCGGGUGGUAGCCGUGGUGGCGUCUUACCUCAUCGAUUCGUACAACGUGGAAGCGGACCAGCUGACGGUGGUUGCUUCGAGCUCUUCCAAUUCGUCGGUUCCGCGACUCACUGUGCCGUCGUUGUGGGAAGUCGAUUACGAGAUAGUCGCGCCCGUGUUGGCCGCCGAGAAGCUCUUCCAGAUAGCGGAGAACAUCAGUGUGGACCCCACUGGCACUGCAAAGGACCUGCAGGCAGCGUUUGAAUCAGAGGGACUUGGAAUGGAUGAUGAUUCGUUGUAUGUCACGCAGCCAGAUAUUAAGAUCGUCACCGCCACCACGACUACGCGAAGCGUGACAUCUAUUACCGAGACAGCAACCAGCAGAACGAGCACAGGAACCUCCGCCGCUCCGACCUCCACGAGCACCACGGGCUCCAGCACUGCCGGCACGCUCACCGGGAGGUCCGCGGCGAGCACCUCCUCGCCCACCAGCACGAGCCAGUUUGGCACGAUCUCAUCGACCGCGACGCCUGGCACUGCCGCCCCUGGGACCACUGCGUCGGGUGCUGUGGGUGAUGUCGGCGACGCACUCGCGCAUCAGAGCUUGGUGGGGUCGAUCGCGCUCACUUUUGAGAAUCCAGAGGCUGUCUUGACUGGCCCACAUUCGGAACAUGUUCUGAACGCCAUCGGUCAGACAGUCGCUGGUGUCGUUGGUGUGCCCGCGAGCUACGUGUCUGUCUGGUUCGCGAAUGCUCGUCGGCGUGGGGCUGUCGUGCGCAGAUUCACGAUGACGUUCACCAGCACGAGCCACACGCAGACCAGCACCUCGACAAGUACUGCCACGCCCAUCACGGUGGAGUACGGCGUCGACGUGCCUGUUGAUGCAUCGGCCGAUUAUCCAGACGUGGCCACCAUGAAGGAGUCCAUGAACAAUGUGGACCUGAGCUCGUUCACGUCGCUGCUGCAGGCCAGUAUUGACUCGGAAGUGGGCGACGGCGUGUACUCCUUUGUUGUAGUGGGAAUCACUGCGAGUGCAGUCGAUGUUUCGAGCACCAGCUCAGUAUCACAGACUACCUCCAUGACCGCGUCCAGCACCACCACGCUCACCAUUACGAGCCAGACACGCACUAUUUCAUCGAGAGUGACUUCGUUCGAGGCCACAUCCACCUUUUGGACCACUACGCCUGGUUCUACGAUCUUUGAUGUGUCCCAGACGAGCACUAGCCAGGGAGGUGUUGUGGAUGACAUCGGUGACGCACUCGCGCAGCAGAGCCUCUUGGGAUCAAUCGUGCUCUCUGUCAGGGAUCCUGAGGCUGUCUUGACUGGCCCACAUUCGGAACAUGUUCUGAACGCCAUCGGUCAGACAGUCGCUGGUGUCGUUGGUGUGCCCGCGAGCUACGUGUCUGUCUGGUUCGCGAAUGCUCGUCGGCGUGGGGCUGUCGUGCGCAGAUUCACGAUGACGUUCACCAGCACGAGCCACACGCAGACCAGCACCUCGACAAGCACUGCCACGCCCAUCACGGUGGAGUACGGCGUCGACGCACCUGUUGAUGCAUCGGGCGAUUAUCCAGACGUGGCCACCAUGAAGGAGUCCAUGGACAUGUGGACCUUAGCUCGUUCACGUCGCUGCUGCAGGCCAGUAUUGACUCGGAAGUGGGCGACGGCGUGUACUCCUUUGUUGUAG